AUGGCAAAUUUUAUUAAUUCAUUAUACUGUGAUAUGUUUAAUGAACAAGCAUUGCAUACAGUAAUGUUGUCAAUUUUGGAAAAAUCAUUUGGUGAAGGAAUUCCGGCAUUAGUAUGGAUGAAUCGAGAAGUUAUGAUUGGUUUAAUACAUCAUGCGAUUGCACUUAUGCAUAGAAGUGAUGAUAUGAUUAUUGCUGUACCGGAGAGCGCAUUAGAGCGAACAUUGGUAUUUAUUGUUGGUAGUUUAGAUGGUGAUUUAAUUCAUUUAAUAACAAUAUUCAAACAAUGUCAAAUGCCACCAAAAUCACAUUACAUCUUUCUUG